AUCACCUCCUAGCCUCUAGAGCCAACCUCCAUUUACACAAUAUGGGAGAGAGAGGAAGAAGUUAAAUGACACGACAAGGAAACAGAAAAAUCCACAAAGUGGGGCAUUUUACAGGACAACUGACCCAGUUUUUGCAGCAAGUCAUGACAGGGAAAAAUGAAAAGGGCAGGGGCCCACCCUAGAUUAUAAGAGACUUAAACACCAUACAAGAAAAUUUCAUGUGUAGAUUCUGUAUGUAUUCUGAGUUGUAUGUUUUCUAUUGUCUUUUAGACAAUCAGAGAAAUUUGAUUCUGGACUGGGUUUUAGAUGAUAACAGGGCCAAGUUGACUUUGUCAAGUAUGAAAAUGGCAUUGAGGUUAUGGAAAAAAGUCUAGUUUUUUAGAGCUGUAUAUUGAGAUAUACAGGAGUAAAAUGACAUAAGGUCUGCAGCAGAGCAAAACAGAAAGGGGUAAAGCAAACCUGACAGGAUCUUGAUAAUUGUUGAAUCCAUGUGAUGGGAUACGGGAGUUCUUUGUUCUAUUUUCACUUCUGAGAAGGUCUGAAUAUUUUCAUAACAAAUUCUAAAGAGAGUUUUUAAAAGAGAUGAUGUGUGGGAGGGUGGUAGAGGGAUAAAUAUUAGCUUCUCUUUCCCAGUACAGGUGUAAGACACGUGGGUGGAAGAGAAAAUCCUCUCUGCCUUUUAUUAAAAACUCUCUCUUGGGAUUUGCUCAUUUAAGGAACUAACAAAAUUGCCCUCAGAGCGUGGUAUGUAGGCCACGCCCCACCAGGGAUACUUCAGAGAGCAGAAAAAAAACUCAAAUUGGCAACUUGGUCACAGACAGAAACUCAGCAAGAUCAAAUACCUGAAAAGGACUUUUUUUUAAAGUAUUGAAUUAUUUUCGAUCUAUUAAAAAGAAAAUCCCCGAGGGGAUAGACGCAAUUUUCCUGGGAAGAGAAUUAUCUGCGCUAGUUAAACCAAACCAAAACAAAGGCAUUCUUCGCAAUAACUCCCUGAGAGCAGCGUUUACGGAGACAGUAAUUAGGUAAUUAGACCGGGUAGUCACCGCAGAGCCUCGGGUGCCGCAGGGUGUUAAUGACUCCUGCUCAGCUGUGCAGCUGCCCUCGGCGAGGAGGUAGGUCUGGACUUUUCUGAGCGUAGGCCACUCGGCCUGAUUCCUCUCGCCUUUGCAGCUCUCGGGGAGCAUCCUUCCCCCAACGCCCGCGGGGCUGGGCGCACCCGGGGCUGGCGGGUGGGACGCUGGGCUCGCGCUGGUUCCCCCGCGCGGCCGCUCCCAACUCUCGGCCCUCACCCCAAAACUGCCGGCGCAUCAAGCUACCACAAUUUUAGCGUCCCCUGGCCGCAGGGAUUGGGCACCUGCUGAUAAUCCGAAAUUGCACGCGGUUCCCGGCCUUGCACCAGGCAGGGUGACUUUCCCUUCUUAAUCGCUCGCUCGCUUAAUACAGUUAAUUCGUACCCCUUAUCAAACACGUGGACUGUGGAAAGGAAAAAAGAACUAAUGUGUGUAUGUCCCUACCAGCCAGAAAUACUUUUAGCAUUCCACCGCAUUUCCUUUCACUCCAGACAUGUUUUAAAUAUAUAUUACUGGGAUACCAGAGAUAUUACUUCAGAAGCUCAUUUUUCACUUUGCAUCAUUUAUUGAGCACUUACUCCUGUCAUCAAAUAGCCUAACAAAAUGUUCAAUGCUGAUAGAAGUCCGCCGGAGUAAUGCACAGCUCCCUGACACUUGAUACUUGGAUAAUUUCCCAUUUUUGACCGACAUAAACAAGUGUUUGGUCUAAUUUUGCCAAAUACCCUUCUCGCUCAGGCGGCGCACAGGCCGGGAUGGAGGAAAGGAUCAUGGUUCCAGGUGCCAGAUCGCAGAGGCCUCGCGCUGAGUACCUUCCCGGUCCUGUGACGUCAGCCCUAGGCCCCGCCCCCUUCGGCGGAGCCAAUCGAAGCGCUGGGGGGGGCCUCCACAAACUUGCGCGCACGGGCGCGCGAGCGGCAGACCCUGAGGCUGGGCGCGAUGGGCUUGGCGUUUCCUGGUGUCCAGGGUCAGGCCCAGCUGCCGCCACCCGAAGCGUGGCCGCUGGUUGGCUCCGAGGAGGAGCUCUAUGACUGUCUGGAUUACUACUACCUGCGCGACUUCCCGGCCUGCGGGGCCGGGCGCAGCAAGGGCCGGACGCGGCGCGAGCGGGAACUGCGCACCAACUGGCGGGUGCCCGGCGGCCACGAGCGCAAGAUCGCGCAGAAGCUCCUCAACGGCCAGCGCAAGCGUCGCCAGCGCCAGCUGCAGCCCCGGCCGCGCACCCGUCUCGCCUGAGUGCUGGUGCGUGCGGGCCCGCGCGAGCGUCCCGGAUACCCAUACCCAAAGGACCUGAUAAAAGUAUUUUCUCUGACUCCAGCUAUAACUCCGGUCCUAAGGGGAACAGUCCAUGUUGGUCAACAGAACUUCUUUUCGACAUCGCUUAAGUUCAGUAUCUUUUCCUCACUAAUUGUUAAGUAACAUCCAAGUGGGUAUGCCUGUUUAGGGUUUUUAAUUAAAAGAGCAGCAAGAAUGGCA